UGCCGAAGUUUGCUUUCUUUCUUGUUUAUGAUUAUUUCUAUGUUAUCUUUCGAGUUGGUUCUGAUCAGUACGCCGAAGUCCAUUAAAACUGAGUAAAUUAAAUGAAAUUUUGUCAAACAAAAAGAAGCAUAAUAGAAGUAAUAAUAUCGGGUUUACUGAACUGGGCGCGGAUACCUAUUAUGCAUGAUGUCAGAUCUAGGAAAUGAGUUCUGCUUGGCCAAGCAACUGAGAAUUAAUGGGGUUACUUAGGCCUAAGGGGAAUAUACAUAAUAUAGUUUUAACUAUCUGCCAAAUGGGUGUGGGAGUGUUUGACUUUGAUUGCCCCUGAUGAUGAGGUAUGAUAAAAAUGUGGGAUUUUAUUGAGUAAUUUUUAGAACUCCUAUCAUAAUGGUGUAUUGCCAUUUUUUCUGUUCAACACUUACUGAAACUUUCAAAACGUUGGGCUUCAGUCAAAACAUCAGGCAACGACGACGACCUUCAAUAAAACAACAACAAACAAUAAGAGAAAAACGAAGAAGCCUUAACAAUAAAAACAACGCAAACAACAACAAAGCGAAUGCAUCGCAGAGAGCGGCCAGCCAAGGAAACUUGAUUAAAGUUAAGAAAAACGUAAAGUUCAACUUGUUUCUGCUGUCAUUUGUUGCUGUUUCUCGUUGUUUGCUUCGCUUUUGUUGCACUUCUGGUGAAGUAUUUGCGCCAUGGCUUGACAUUUCGCACAAACAAAAAACAGGGCGAAUAAAAAAACCCAAAAAAAAAAAACAAAAAAAUACAAAUGAAGAAGACGCUGCAAGACUUCAUGCUUUUAUUUUCGCAAUUUGUUGCACCAGCCCAGCCCAGUGCGAUAUAAUGCAUCUGAAAAUGCCCAGGCUAUUGUCACUCGCGUAAUUAGCCGGCUGCUCUCAAGCCCCCAAUAGCAAUGGCUUUAGAUAAUGCCAUAUAGCCCGCUCACGGAAAAAUGUGCGGGUUUCGAGAUCAGCGAUGCCAGCAGCUGUAAUGCCGUGCAAAUUUUAAAUUCUUUGCUGCGAAGCUGUAAAUGUCAAGAAGACGAGUUCAAUUAACCACAGUGGUCGUGGGCUUAAAUCAAAAAACUUAACCAUUUUGGUUAAAACACCUUUUAUUGUUUUUUUGCUUUAAAUGGUUAUCCACUCCUGUAAAAUAAUAAAUUAUAAUCUUUAACUUAAUUUAUCAAAAUGCUAUACCUUAAAUACCUUAUAUUUUAGAGUAAGUAAACAAUACUAUUUUAGUUAGAAUUCUAAAAUUUCUAUCUACCAUAUAGCCUUCUCGAUUGCAAAAUGAAGUAAACCAAUUUGAUGAAAACUAACAGAGUAAUUUUAUAAAGAACUUUAAAGUUGUAUUUUGUUGCCUACUCCCUAACACAAUAAUGAAUUUAUACCAUAUUGUUAAUAAUAGUAAAGCUUUUUAGUACAACGAUUAAUAGAGUAAAACAAUAAAAAUAUCAAGGACUUUGUAAAAUAGAUUUCUCGUAUAUCAUAAGAUAUAGAUUUAAAGCCCAUUUAAAUCAAAAAGAUUUAUGGUGAUUUAAAUAAAUAACCUAUAUUGAUUUAACAUAGAAAAAGCUAAUACAAUUUUAAACCGGUAGAACACUAAACUUUUAUAACUGUGUGCCAUAAGAAGCCAAUAAAUGUUUAGAAAUAUCAAUUUUAAUAGCUAUAUCAGCCAGAACACCACCAUAAAGCACUGUGCCGGGAGAAUAGCACUUGACGUGACCAGUCUGGGUAUUGGAUACUGGGUUCCGAUUACCGAUCAUCAAUAGCCGGCUGAAAAUGGUAUUGCAUUAAACCGCUUGGCCCACACAACGCCCCUCGAUCGUUUGCGGCCCCAUUGUUUCGACCAUUUUGCUGUUUUUCAGCUUAUUUUUUGCUUUUUUAUUUAGUUUUGCCAAAUGCCAAAUGCAGACGACAGUUUGAGAGCCACCUUGGGUGAGUUAGAACCAGCGGACAGGGCGGCUAAGUUGAAACGAAUUUGAAAGCCAUUGUAGUGGUCGCCUCUGCCCUAACUUUCAAUUGGGUUGUCACAUGGAGACCUUUGAACAAAGGCCAAAAGAAAGAAAAACGAAUUCGAAUUAUUGUUUAUAAAUUUCCAGUAAGCCAUCAUGGCAGUAAGUAGCAAAAUGGAAUUGGAAGACAAUUCGGACAGCUCGACAAGCAGCCAAAUUAGCGAGUACAAAGAUUCUAAUUCAGCAUUAUUGUCAAUAAAAAAUAAACGAGAGAGCUUUUAUCCCAUUAAGCUAUUCCUUCAGGACUUUGGCAAAUGGGAAGGGCGUAAACCCGACAAGAAAUUACGGAAACAGGCCCUUAAGGCGUGGCACAAUUUGGAACCAGCAAUAAAACUGCAGUACCUAAUAAGGACGAGGGUUCAGAUGACGGAGGAGCGGAAAUUGAGAGCACUGGCAGUGAAGAAAAAAACAAAGGACAAAACAAUGCAGACUGUGCUCGAGGGUAGCGAUAUAAUAAAGUCUAUGCGAAGAGUCAUAAUCGAGGAUCCCUCUUGGAAAAGUGUACGACCCAGGAUGUUAACUCGAAAACCCACCCCGUUUCCCAGUGCUAUGAAAAGAAUGAAAAAUCGUUCAAAGGCCUUGCCAAAAGUUGUGCCUUUUAACCAAAGAAAAAUCAAGCCAAAUAAAGCACCUGCCAAAAUGUUAUAGCUUGUCUAAGUGCAAAUGCACUAAACAUUUGAAAAAUUAUAUUUACUUUUUUCGUUAAAAAAAAGUUUUUUCCUAUCACUUUCGACUUUUAAAAACAUAAACAUAAUAGUGAGUUCGAUUUUCUUCACUAUUCAGACUGGUUUAUUUAUGCGACAAGAGCCCGAAGGUUGCCGACUUCGUCUCGUAAAAUUCUGUCCAGAAAUAGGCAAAUGUGUCACGACAUGGAAUCGGCGUAUUUGAAUUUAUUUUGAUGGUUUUUCGAUUUUGGGUCAAGUGCACACUGCAUGCUAAUGAGAUGCUUCCCCAAGAAAAGCCACAUAAAAUAAAUGAAAAGAAAAACAAAGUGUAUUCACCCACAUUCGAACUGCAAUGCCCACUUAGAUAUAUGGAACACUAGUGCAGUGUCAACGGCAAUGGAGGAUGAACGAUUUGAUCUACCUUUUGCGGAUUAGAGUAAGUUACGCUUGAAAUGGUAACCACCCUUGCCCAAGCGCAGAAGGAAAAAUUUAAUAAAUUGUAUUUUGUGUGUAAUGGCGGUUGUGGGAUUCGAACUCACAACCCGAAAAUUCUACCCAGAAUAACAGAGAAACUUAGACCGCAGCACCAUGAACUCAUCCCAUAUGAUAAGAACUAAAAUUUAAGCGGCUCGCCACGCAAGCAGUUAUUAAAGCAGGGUAGCAAGCAGUGUUAUACAGAAGUAAAAAAAAAAAUGUAAAAUGUAGAAUUUAUUCUAUUCUAUAUUUAUAUAUGUAUUUCUUCAAUAUCUUUACCAUAUAAAGACUUUUUUAAGAAUCCUAAUUGAAAAUAUGUUAGUUUAUCUAACAGUUAAUGUUUUUUCAUACAAAAAGCUGGUAAAUUAACAAAUCUCUUAUUUCUGUACUAAUUUCGAUAUGAACAAUACUCUAAGUAAAAAAAAACUCGUUUUGGAAGUAUCUAAAAUCUGAGUGUUAGAUAAUUAAUUUCAACCUUAUUCGCAAUCAAUUUUGACUUCAGCUUGUGGAAGUAAUUCACCUAACACUAUUUACUCAGUGCCAACAACGGAAGUGGGCGUGUCUCAGCAGCCUUAAAUCAACAGUCAAUGGGCUGCUGCAACUGCUGCCUUGGCAUACAAAUUUUCGGGUAUAUUUCUUCUGACAGAUCCCUGGGCCAUUAAUCAAACCCUAAACUAAUCUCCAGUCAGCCAUUUCGACAACUGGCGGCAAAUGUGCGAGACAUGCGACGCCUCGUCGCGUUCUUAGAUGCGAUAAUAAACGGCAAUUACUUGCAGUUAAAAACGUUUCAGGUAAAACUAAGGUGUGAAGCCAGAUAAAUUCAACUCGAGUCGAUGUCGAUGUAGGCGUAGUCCCCACUCCGAAAGUUCCCAGCUCGGGGCUCUUGCAUAAAUUCGUCUGAUAAAAUUUUCAAUGAAUUUCGUUUGAAAACUGCGGCCAUAUGAUAUUUCAAUUUUCAAUUAGCGACUCGAAAAUCUGUCGACACACGAGAAGAGAAAAAAAAUUAACUUUGCGUGGCUCAACUGCAUUUUCUUGUUUGCUAUUUUUUAAGGCAAGACAUUGUGGGUCAAAGAGUCAGGAUUGUGACGCAUGCAACUUUGGCUUCAAGUUGGGUGACUACAACUCUACUCCGCUUGUAUAUUCCCCAUUUUAUCUCAUCUAAUUCCACACGAAAUAUUUCGCCAAAGCAGAGUUAUGUUAAUAUCCGCCUGCAGUUUUGCUACACUUUCAUUUUCCAAUCAUAAACAGUCUUAAGUAAAAAACAGAAUUGUGCAAAAAUAAGCCACCAAAGAUGUUGCAAAAUAAACAUGAAAAAUGGGACAAACAAGUCUUAAAAUUUAACAAUUUAAUGGGGUGUUAUUAGCUUAACUACUUUGAGAUCUUCAAAAUAUAAUAAGCUAUUAUUAUGGGAUAUUUAUGGGGAAAUCGAUAUAAUAAUGUUUAAGGUUCCCUCUUUGGUAUUGGUAUUUUCGUUUAUAAAACUCUAAAUUUUUAGAAAAAUCUCCACACUGCUAACUGAAGGAAAUUUCAGCCAAACAUACCAUUAUUCACUUGUUUCACAUUCACUUUUGUUUGACAAAUGCGUGACAAAAAAAAGAGGCAAACAUUUUAUUUUUGACAAGCACAGUGGGCCCGGUUUUUGUCUUAAAAUAUAAGCCAUAUGUAAUUCCAUUAUUUUCGUAAAGUUCCAUAGUACAGACAAAGCCACAACAUCAUGUUAACUUUUAAUGUGAAUAUACUUUAAAAUUAAAUGCAUAUUUUACAAUAAUUCAAAAGAGUUUUGAAUAGAAAGACCACAUUUAAGGCUAAAAAAGUUACUUAAUGGCCCACCGUGCCUUGACAAAUUUGUGACCCAAAAAAAUAAAAUAUUUUAUUUGCUGUCAGAGCCGGAGGCAUUUUUUAUUUAUUUAUUACACUUUGGCGCAAUUAAGAGCAAUGAUUUUCGGGUUUUGGGACUGUGCGUUUCAUGGCUAAACGAUGCCAGAGGCGCUGAAAUGAACAAAUUAAUUGAUUGUUGACACAUUUACACAACUUGACUAAUAACUCUUCGAC